AUGAAGCGCCACCCCCCCUCUCCCCUGGACCCCCCUCGGCGGUCCACCCGCAUCAAACGCCCGCCCCCCCCUGUCCUCAUCUCUGUCGCCGUCCCCGCGCCUCCCCGGCCCCCUCCCAUCCCACGCGUUAUCAUAACCAACGACCCCACUGCCCUCACCUCUACCACCCCCAACACCCUCGACCCAAACGCCCCUCUCUCCACCACCGUCCUAGCCACCCAAAUCUACUACCUCCCCGCCACCGAAAAGUCCGACCUCUACACGUUCUUCCGCGCCGACUACGCACGCACGGGCUACCGCCCCACGAACCAGCAGCUCCGCGCAUGGUUCGCAUACACGCACGGUGGGCGGCAGUUACCGCUCGAGGUGAUUGCAGCGGUGAUAGGCGGCGGUGAGGUUGUAGGCAGGAGUGCGAAUACAAAGGUGGGGUAUAAUAUGGCGGCGAGGAUUAGGGACUGGGCGUUGGCGAGGAAAGGGGCGACCGGGGCGGUGCCAGGAGUCGCGGAGUGUAUGGUGUGGAUGCAGAGGGUGGGGAUGGAGAUGAGGGGGGAUGUGAAUGUGGGGGAGGUGCUGGGGGGAUGGUGGAUGAGGAGGAGGGGGGGAUGGGGGUGGGGAGGGAUGAGGAAGGAGAGGACGAGGAGGAGGUGGGAGGAGAUUGUGGCGAGGGAGGAGGUUUAUGAGGAGGUCGAGUGGAGGAGUUGUUUGACAAUCCCUGCGGCCAAGUGUGCGAGACAUGAGGCGAAGAUGAAGGUCCUGGGAUUGGAGAAUACGACAGGUGUGACGGGCGGAUGGACAGUUAGUGAGAAAGGCGAGAGCUGGGAUGAGAGUGAGGAGACCACUGAAUCCAGCGAAGCCAACACCGAAGCGAAUGGUGGUGGGGAGAGCUGUGCAGAGAGCGAACAAAUCCGUUCCUCAAGAAGGAACACACGCUUCUCGGCCAAGCAGACCACCGCCCCAAGUGAGCACAGUCCUGCCUCUACCCCACCUGGCACACCCAGCAGCAGCACAAGAACCAGAUCUAACACCCCCUCCAGCCCCGCAAGAAAGCCCAUCAGCGUCAACGCAGAGCUGAAACGCAAACACACGCCCACCCCACGCCCCGGAUCCACGACUUCGGGAUUUCGCACCCCAAACCCUCUUAGGAGGGCCACCACAAGAUCACAAUCGGAAGGCAAGCAACACGCUAACACAACCGGUUGGACAGCAAAGUCCAAGCGUCUAGAACCAACUGGGAGAUAUAAUAUGCGGAGUAGGCGCUCGACAACAUUUGAGACUAAGUCCGAUGAUGAGAGUGGUGAUGAGGAUUCGGAGGGUGAUGCGGAUAAUGAGGAAGAGAGUGAGAGUGAGAGUGAAGAAGAGGAAAAGGAGGAGAAAAAGGAAAAGAAAGUGAAGGUACAGGGUGAACAUGGGGGAUCGGAGGAUUGGAUGGAGGAUACGAUAGUCUGUGUAUUCCGGGAUGCGGGGUCUAGUGUGGUUGCUACUGGUGGUGGUGAUGGAGGCGGUGGUAGAGAUAGAGGUAGGCGGGUGGUGAAGGAUGAUACCUCCUCAUAUUCCGACGAUGCUUCUGAAGAUAAGGACGCCACCUGUGAAGACGGGGACGAAGAAAUGGUGGACCAUAAACCUAUCUCCACACCGGAAAAAAAACAAGAUGUCGAUCAUGACAUCACCAUGGGCGAAGACCCCAACCCACUCGCUGAACCUACACUCUCAGAUGAAGAUCAUGACAUCCCCACACAUGGUGUGCUCGUUACUAGCGUUGAGAGAAUCCAUGAGAUUGUAGAUGCGGCGUCGAACCAGCUUUUGCAGGAGCUUUUGAGGGUUAGUAGGGUGGGGGGAAGCAGUAAUACCAGCGAAGCUACGACGGCUAUAUCAAGCCCGCUCUCUCAGCCUGUUGGUAGAGGGGAAAGUCCUGUCGUUGUUACUCCGGAGAGUGUCGGUACUGUUGAAGGUUAUGGAGGUAGUGCGGUGGAGUCGAGCACGCUUUCGGAGUUUUCUACGAUCACGGAGAGUCCAACUCCUACAUCACUCCGUACUACUCUUACUCCUAUUCUUACUACUACCAGUAAUUUAAGCCCAACGCGUCGAUCAAGCAAAGGAAACGGUACACAAAGCAACACACCGCAACCUUUAGAGGCCCAGUCUCUCGUCGUCGAAAAGGAGUGCAGUUCUACGGUGCUAGAUGGCGAGGGUGAUAUACCCAUCCUAGAUUCUCAGGUUGAGUAUAGUACCCCGGGGCGGUGGGGUCCGGAUGAGAGAGUGGUGCCGCACUCGGAGGGGGAUACGUCGGAUGUUGAGAUGGAUAUGGAUCUUGACACAGACUUGGAUGAUGAGGUUCUCCUUGCUCAUGGGUCGCCAUCAAUUGCUGCAGAUGCCAUGCCCGAUACUACCUUGCCCCGUGGUCUCACACCAGCCAUCCCACCGCACAGUAUUGCGCAGAAUGUUAGUCACCGCCUUCGUUCUCCUCCUGUUUCUAUUUCUGUUGUAGACAGGCAAAACGAACCAGUAUACCAGAUACUACGCCAGCAGCAGAGUCUACAAGAGGAGGCACAGGAAAUGGAGAGGCAGAGGGAGGUACAGGAAAGACAGAGGCAGACGGAGAUGCAGAGGAUGAGUGAGGAGCCGAGACGUAAACCGGUGGAGAAUAGAGCCAUCGAUGAGAGGGUUGGUGUGGUGGAGGGCGAAAUAAUGAGGGAGAGUCAGGCUGCAUUGAUGAUUGCACACUAUGGGGUCGACCACACACCUGGUAGGCACUUCAGGAACGCCGAGGAGGUUCAGCACGCCAGAAGUACGGGCCUGCGUUCUGUGUCCCAAUCCCACGCGACCCUCAACAGCAGUGGCGAUAUUCCGCAAACUGAGGUCAAUGCACAAACACCUGCAGCACUGCAGGAGGAAAAUACGCAAGUUGUAAGAAACACCAUCCGUGGCGUACUGGACCAGAUCAGACUUCAGCCCACCAUCAACGCCGAAGACCACGCAUCCCAGGAUGCAGCAGUAUCCCGGGACUAUGACGGUGAUGACGACUGGAGCAGCCUUGGCGAUACGACGGUGUCGGAGGGGGGAUGGUCUUUGCCUGAUAACGCUCACGCUGCUCGCAACACAGCUUUGGAACAGAUCAGACCAGGCCAAGCCAACGACGACGAUGCUGGUGAGGAGAGGGAGAUUGAUUGGGAUAUGCAGGGCGAUACGACAGUGUCGGAGAGCGGAUGGUCCGUGCCUGAUAACGCUCGCUCCGCUCUCAACCCAGCCUUGGGACCGGCUAUACAAAGCCAAGCCAACGAGGACGAUGAUGGUGAGGAGAUAGAGAUAGAUUGGGAUAUGCAGGGUGAUACAACUGUCUCCGAGGGCGGUUGGUCAGUUCCUGAUGCGGUACCGGAGAUGGAGGGAGUUGGGGAGGAAGGGACUGCCGUUGCUGGUGGUUUUAUGGCAGAAGAUGAAAGACAGGCACCAGCACUGUUUACAUAUGGCCCACCUGUAGCCGUUGAGGAUGAUGAGAAUCAUGACACCAUCCUUAGACAUGCCAGCCAGCCCCUCGUUCACAACCAAGACGACAAGAUCCCCAUCACUCCCUGUGGAGACACCCCCGCAGACAAUGGUAACGACGGAAACAGCGUUAGUUCGGACAUACUGGAGCUCUUUGGGACUGCGACUGUGACUGGGAUGCCGACGUUGGUGGGCAUGGAGAACUAUCUUCCUUCGGGUGAGGUUACGAGUGAGGAGGAAGAUGCGCCGGAGGGUGUCUAUGUUUCAGUUGCAGAGGAAAAAGCAAGUCCGCCAGCCGAAGCCCCGAUGAGAGAUGGAAGUGUUAGUGCUGAAAUUAAACACGGCACUACUCCUGCUGAAGAGCCUCCAGAUGGGGGGCGCGGUUACAUUAUUCUUUCAGGAGGCCAGGGUAUAAUGUUCCGACAAGUCGACGAUAUUUCGGGUCAUAGCAGACACCCCAUGGGAGCUCUGGGCAGCGGUUACAAACAGAUGGACGAGGAACGAAAGGAUUUUGCUACCGAACCCCCCAUUCUGAUAAAGGUCACCGCCACCGAGCACCGUCACACCUCUACCGAGCAUGGAGUGAACCAAGACAACAAUGAGACCACUAUCCCACGCAGACGUCGUGCAAUGGAGGCAUAUGUUGAGGAUCUCUCGGACGAUGAGAGUGGAUCUCUGGUUGUAGACCUGAACGACUACCUACCCUCCCAGGUGGCCGAAGUCCGUUCGCCAGUUUUGUCCGGCAUCGAUCAUAAUCCUCGAAAGGGCAAACUGGAUGAAGUGGAUGACGCCCGCCCAGUGAGAGCAGCGGCGGUGGAGAGAAGGCCACAAGGACUGGAGAGCUCGAUUCAUGCGGAUGUGUCGAGAUACCUUGACGGCUUUGAUCCGACGGUGGAGGUUGAGUUGGAGAGGGUUGUGGUGGACCGGACGGGGGGAGAUAGUUCUCCGGAGGAUGAGAGUGAAGUUCAGAAGUCGGAAAGCGAUGAUGACGAGGAAGACGAUGAGGAGGAUGAAGACGAGGAAGACGAGGAGGGCGAGAUUUUGGAGAGAGGGGGAAAAAGGAAGAGGGCUGCUCUAAGCUCCAGUAGUUCAGAAAACAGCGGGCCCGCCAGGAAAACUAAACCUGCCUUCGCUUCAGAGCUUAACUCAAACUCUGCCACCCUGCGUUACAUUGCGUGGGGUAAGCCGACUACAAAAAAGAUCAAUGUGGCCCCGCAGGAGGAACAGCCGGACACCGUCUUCCUUCCCAAACCGAACACCGAAACCGCCACCUUUCCAGAUUUCACCUGGAACCGUCCUUCGAACAGCCAACCUAGCCCCUUCCAGUCCCGCCUUAUCAACACGCUCACGCUCCGCCAGCACGCCCGCUCACUCCAGCCUUCCCCCCUUACACCAGCAAGAACUCGCACCCCCACUACCGCGUCAGUAACACACGCUGCAACGCUUCUGGCGUUCUCACCGCUGCACACAGACUUCCGCGAUACGCCGGCACAGGCGGGAACGCAUGCCGUCGUUGGUGAGUGGGAGAGAUGGAGGCAGACGAGGGCGCCGGAGGAGGUGGUGGCGAGUGUAGGAUAUCGGACGAGUGAUGGGAGGUAUGAGAAUGAGAGUGGUUCGAGGAUUCGGGGGACACCGGCGUAUGUUAGAGAGCCGGCAGCGGGUACAGUGUUGCUGGAGAGGAGAUUAAAGGGGUGGUAUGAUAGUGUUGUGGGUGCGGGAGCACGGGGAGUGACACAGAGAGCGUUGGAGGUAAAGGUGGAGGAGUUGGCGGAGGGGAGCGCGUUGUCGGAGGGGUGGUUGGAGGGGUGGAAGAUGAUGCAGGGAGUGGUGAUUGUAGUGGCGGGGAGGGGGUGUGUUAAGGAGGAUCCGAUCUGCCUGGAUGACGAUGACGAUGAGUAG